AUGUUCCCCUCGUCAGCGGCGAUGCUGAAGAAUCUGCAACAGAGUGCAAUGACCUCGCCUUUCCUGAUGGAGAAUCUGCUCCAGAGCAAGGCGUCGCCGGGCGCGGACCUCACCAGCCUGACCUUGAAUUGGGCGGCGAGUUUAGUGGCGCGGCAGCGCGAGCGGGAAUGCGAAGCCGCGAGUCUGAGGAUCGCGCGGGACCGCUCGUCGCCCUCGGGCGAGCUCUCGCAGGAGCACCUGCAGGAGCAACGUUCCUCCGGCAGCGCGAUAGGCCCGCGCGAUCGCACUUCCGGCAUGCUGAUCGACUGCCGCGACCAGCAGCAGCAGAGAUCGGUCGCCGGCAGGUCCGCCGCCGAGCGCCUCCAGCACGACCGGAUGCAGCUGCUGCAACAACAGCAGCAGCAACGCGUCGACAAAGAGUCGCUGGAGCGGAGCCAAGGCGUUUACGUGGACGUGGAGAACGAGAGGCUCGACGGUCACGUAGUGGUCGACCGGCUGUGCGCGAUGGAGAGGCUCUGCAACGAGAGGAUCGACAAUCGGUCCAACUCUGGCGUGGAGUCGUGCAACUCGAACGUCGACGAGGACCCGAUGCCAGGCGAGCUGGAGGCCGGCCUCCCAGCCGAGAGGGACGAGCUGAUGCUGGGCGAGCGGGUCUCCGCGAUCGAGAUAGACAGACGGUACGACCUUGGAUGCAGAAACGUCAUGCACACGUCCGACGAGAUGACGAUCACCGGGGAGAGGGAGACGGCGGCAGUGGCGGCGGCGGCGGCAGCGGCGGCGGCGGCGGCGGUUGAGCGUGCCGUCGACAGAAUAGGCGAGAGGACCGUCGCCGCUUGCUCCUGCGGCGACGAACAGUGCUCGGGACCCGCCUGCAGGACCAUCCAGGAGAAGGAGAAGCCGCAGCUCAAGUUCAGCGUGAGCGCCAUACUCGGCGGCAAUCACGACAGGAGGCCGCAUUCCGACAAUUUUCAAGGACUUCCGCCGGAAGCAAUACCCGCCUUCUUACAAAACCUGCAGAACUCGGCGGGCUACAAUAUCGCCAAGCCAAUCGCGAGGCCGGCAGCUUAUCACCCUUAUCACAGGCCUAGUCAUCAGCCGCCUCAGCGACACUUGCCGCCGAACGCCCAUCACACGCUGCAGCAACUGUUCUACAGAGGUCCAUACUUGACAGUCGCUGGUUCCGGUACUGGAGGUCAUCAUCCUGGCACACCCGGCGGAGGUGCCGUGUUUCCGGGCGCCAUUCAGGGCAGUAUUGGCGACUUUUCCGGCACCGGCCUGGUUUUUCCGUGGGCGACGAACGCACGCGGAAAGCCGCGCCGGGGGAUGAUGAGGCGAGCCGUUUUCUCGGAUCUCCAGCGACGCGGUCUCGAGAAAAGGUUCCAGCUGCAGAAAUAUAUUAGUAAGCCGGAUCGCAAGAAGCUCGCCGAGAAGCUGGGCCUCAAGGACUCGCAAGUGAAGAUUUGGUUCCAAAAUCGACGUAUGAAGUGGAGGAACAGUAAGGAGCGGGAGCUGCUGGCAACCGGUGGUUCGCGCGAGCAGACGUUACCGAACAAGAACAACCCGAAUCCGGAUCUGAGCGACGCCGACGGCGAUAGACCGAGGAUGGACCUGAGCGACGUCAGUCCGCUCACGAGCCCUCAGAGGCCUGAGGAACAGACGGAGAACGAGGAGGACGAGGAGAUCAACGUCACGUGA